AUGGUGGGAAUGGAUAUCAUUGGGCCACUAGCCAUCCCAAGCAGCUCAGGAACCCUGGAAAGCACGCUAGAUGACACUAUUACCAGGACCAACCAAAACACUGACUGUAUAGAGAAUAUCCAUAAGAGACUGGAUGAUGCCAUGAACAAGAUUGACGACCUGGAGAACCACUCUCGUUGCUACAACUUCAGGAUUAAUGGCUCCACUGGAACUCUGGAUGCAAAUGGGGUCUGUCAUUGCUCUGUCAUGCACCCAGAUUCCACCUUCCCAGUGGAUCGAAUGGAGAGCUUGGAAAUAGCAAACCGUAACCUGACCAUAAUUGUCAAUGAAGAAAUCACUAAGAUUCAUAACUAUGAAAGAACAGUGAAUGCCCACAUAAAUCAGCUGAAGGAUCUAACCAGACGCCUGGAGACCAUGGAGAACAGUGGCCUCUCCUACUCUGAGCUGGACUUCGAGCUCAUCAAGCUGGAGAUCAAAGAGAUGGAGAACCUCAUACUGCAGCUAAAAACCUCAUUAAAUGGCUCAAAUGCGAUUGUGGCGACUCUCUACCAGGAGAUCCACAACAUUUCCAUCAUGGUCAGCCAGCUAGAGGUCUACGAUAAGAACAAUGUUCUAGCGAUCAGACGGAAGAUUUCAGACUUACAGAAACAGUUGGAAGAGUGUCGACAGAACAACCUUUCACCAAAUCUGCCUUUCCAUACUCCAGCACACUAUGGUACUUGUGACCAUGGACGCAUUGCAAAUAUUAGCAAACCAUAUAUAGUACAGCGGAAUUUGAAUGGCGCAAGCUACAAAUGGGGAGGUUGGGGAAAAGACUCAUUAUUAGGAGCUGAUCAGAACACUGUUUGGGUUUCCACGCUAAGUACUGAUGGACGUACAAUGAGUUCUGUCUACACCUACCCUUCUUAUGAAGACCUCCUGCUCUACACAAAGACUGUAACAAAAUACCCUGGCAGCUAUGGGCAAGGAGGGGGAAUGAUUAUGUAUAACAGCACAAUAUAUUAUAAUUGCCAAUAUUCCAAUAAUCUCUGCAAAUACGACUUGAAAACUAACAGAGUAGAACGAAAGGCGCUGAAUGAUGCCGCUUACAACAAUCACUUCUCCUAUGCAUCCACACCUUGGCAGGAAAUUGACCUUGCUGGUGACGAAGAAGGCCUUUGGGUCAUUUAUGCUUCUGAAGGAAAAGGUGGAAACAUACUCAUUAGCAAACUUAAUGCUACCACAAUGGAAGUAACGCAAACUUGGUCUACUUCCAUCCCAAAACCAGGUGUCACCAAUGCUUUCAUGGUCUGUGGGGUCUUGUAUGCUACAAGAAUGUACAGAACAAAAAUGGAGGAGAUCUUCUACAUGUAUGACACUAAAACUGGUAAGGAGGAGAAUAUAAAUAUCCCCUUUGAGAAGACAACGGAUACAAUUAAUAGCCUGGCCUACAACCCAAAUGACCGCAAGCUGUAUAUGUACAGUGACAGCUUCCUGUUCACCUAUGAUACUACCUUCUUUCCAAAAAAGAGGUAAACUAUUAAACUUUCUGAGCCAAUCUUCCAUAAUAUUGAUUAAUAUGCCUAUCUUAAAAAUAGUCUCACAGAGAGAUAUAAAAUUAAAUAAAUUGACCAUUUACCUUAAAGUGGAGUUCC